AUGCCCUUUGCAGAAUCCCGACGUCACAAGAUAGUCGGCUACGACAUCCCCUUCGUUAUGCUGCACCCAGAGCAUCAGCAGUUCGCUACUAUCUCCUCUGCUGAAGGGAUCGGGACCAGCGAGAGACAACAGACUCUCCCUCAGUCUAACCCAACGCCUCGAGGCAGCAUCAGUGCCAGGGGACCUCGCUCGAGUCUUUUGGGACUCCCUCGCGUAUCUCUCGUAGUCGACCCUUACCAGGCGUUGACCGACGGAAUGCUCACUUCCCGAACUUCGAAUUUUCCCAGCGUUCCCGUCACCCCCAAGCUCCCCCAACCAUCGCCUCUCUCUACAGCACGUUCGCAUCAAUUGCCCACUGGUUUUGACUACAAGGUGGUUCUCCCCACUCCACGAGGCAUCACUGUGGAUUUCAAUCCCUCUACCAGUGCAGCCUGA